GGCCAACCUUAGCCAGCCCAUGUCUCCCCCCUCGCAUUCCAAAAAUGCGAGUCGGAACCGUUUCUCGUUCAUGUUGCAGCUUGCUUCGAGCAAGUCAGGAGGUGCUACUUUGAAGAAGAAGCGCAGCACAUCUCGGAGGCGUGGAAAUACAGGCAGCUCGGUCGGAGAAGGUCAGGACGUCGAGACGGAUGGGGAGUUGUCUCCGGGACCAUAUGAAGCGCGUCAUUUCGCUCCGCCUGGGACGUCCGCCGCCGCCAGUGCCUCCGCCAUCUCUUUCAUGGGCACCCGAUCCUCGGUGAAGGAUUUCAACGGCUCGACGUCUCAUGUAGACAUCAAUCUAGCGGAGGCUCCGCCGCUGCCACUAUUAUCAUCAUCCGCCAAAGAGCUCGAUUCCAGAGAGAAGAUCAAGUUGCUCAAGAAGGCAAGGAAACUCAGCAAGAUGCUGAGUGAGAUAGCUAUUCCCUCUUCACCACCGUCCCCCAGUCAGGAGGAACGUAACUUCGGCAUUCUGCAGAGCGCCCAGCGUAGCCCGCUCACCCCGACAGGUACAGAUGCUCUGUCUUCAAUAAGCACUGUGUCAAGGACACGUGCUGCGACACCGAGCCUUGCUCAUGCUGGCAAGGCAGCUUCGCGGUCAGAGACUCCAUGCGAGGAUUUCCCGUACACCUCAUUUGCUUCCCCACCUCCUCUGCCAUCCUACUCGAGCACUCACCUGGCAUCGGAGUCUGUUCCUUCCGCCGAGGGCGACCCGGAGAGGCAGCUGGUGCAUUUGGGCCGCUACCUGAAAGAGAAUAUGCCUACCGAGCUUGUUCUCCGAUCCUCCUCGCCUAUGGGCGGGCGGACCACGCCUGCGACCUCUGUCUCCGCGCGGCGCAAGAGCAAGAGACGCUUGAGUCUUGACCUCUCUUCGUUGAUCGCGUCAGGUCAAUCUUUAGUCUCACCCACUGAGCCUGAGGCACCUCGCGAUCCUCCCGAGUCUUCGAAGGAGGCUGCUGCGCAUGUCAUCAAGAGGAGCCGGUCAUUAUGGGCGACGAGGACGUUGAAGAGCAAGAGCUCCGUGGAAGAUAUGAAAGCAGGCUCUGAAUCCUUCGACGAGCGCGACCAGAUAUAUCAGGACUUGCGGUCGACGAGGUCCGGAUCGCUCCUGAGCGAGAAGCAGAGGGCUCUCAAUGUCAAGAGGGCAAGAAAGAUGGCCCAGCUAUUCGGUUCCGAGCCUCCUCCUGCUCUAUUCCAGAUUACCAACAUCAACGCGUCCGAUGACGCCGUCUCCCAACUAAGUCCCAUUACCGAGAGUAAUCGGGAUUCUAUCGCAAGCACACUCCUUUCCAUCAAUCCGACGGAUAUCAUUCCUACUACACCCAAUUCACCCCAGACCACCCCUCGCGAGAGACGUCGGCCUCAUUCAAUUGCGUCCAUUAUUUCUGUGCUCCCCCAAGCGCAGCCCUCCCCGGCCCCGUCUGACAGUUUCCUGAAUGCUGAGCUGACCCCUACAAAUCCGCCGCGUACUCCAUCUUUGUUCUCCGUCCCUGCCGAGCCAGGCGCUCAUCCAGGGCGGAGGCCCUCGUCAUCUCAUUCGUCGCGGCACACGGCCCGCAGCUCGUCCGAGUCAGACAUCAUCCUCCCCUCUUCCUCUUUCCGACAAAGACGCGUGCGGGCUGCGAAACUGUCCCGCUUCUUCGGCGUUGAUCUUCAAGAGCUAGGGCCUGACGUGGGAUCGUCGAAGGCUCAGGUCGCUCGUUCCGGGCUCUCCCGCUCCACCUCGCUGUCCGCGCAUGCUGAAGUGGAAUCUCGUUCGCGGGAGGCUCUGCUGGAACCGUCGGAGUCUGAGACUCACGGCUCCGGGAUGGAGGUCGACGUGAAGGUGGUGGGCAGACCUGGAUUAUUCAACUGGGGCUUGAGCCAGCAGAGGAACGUCGAUGCGGGGGAUGUCAGGGUGAAACUCAGACAAAUGAAGGCCGCUCAUUAGGGUGUUUCGUGCUACCGCUGACCAUUACAAUUUACAUAUACUUUCGCUGCGUGCCUACAGGGCGUAUUCUUAUUACUGAUACUGGUUAUCAAGUUGGGCGUGUGUGUCGUAUUCAUUAUCCUAUUUAAUGCUUUAUUUAGUGUCUACCGUAUACUGUGGAAAUGGAUCUAUAACGGAGGAAUACAUUUGUUGCCAAU